AUGGGUAAAGGUACUGACAAAAUGUAUAUCACUCAUUCUGAGUGGUCUGGUGAAUUUGGUGGAAUGCAGUUUGGUGGUAUUCAAGCGAGGAAAAAGACCCAAAUUUUUAAAAGAUUACCGUUUAAUUACUGUUCGUUAUCUCUACAACCGUUCGAACAUCCUGUAUGUUCACCCGAGGGAACAAUUUUUGAUUUGAGAAAUAUAUAUCCUUAUCUAAAGAAACAUGGUGUAAACCCUGUUACAGGUGAAAAAUUGGAUCCUAAAUCUUUAAUUAAACUUAAUUUUCAUAAGAAUGCAAAUGAUGAAUAUCACUGUCCUGCAACACUUAAAGUUUUCAAUGAUCACACACAUAUUGUUGCAAUUAAAACCACUGGCAAUGUUUACGCAUAUGAAGCCAUUGAACGACUGAAUAUUAAGGUCAAAAAUUGGACGGAUUUAUUAACAGAUGAACCUUUCACGAGAAAAGAUAUAAUAACUAUACAGGAUCCUCACAAUCUUGAAAAUCGUAAUUUUUCGAACUUUUAUCAUGUAAAAAAUGAUUUAAAAGCAGAUGAAGAUCAAAAUGCAAAAGAUAAUCCUUUGAAUGACAUUAAUAUCAGUGCUGUGGGAUCUGCAGCACGCGUGUUAAACAAAAUUUCAAGUCGUCAAGAUGAAGUAUCUGAUCAAAUAAACCAAAAUAUUAGUACUGAGUCGAAACCUGCUUCUGAAAAAAUAACAAAAGUCACAUCGUCUACUGCAGGAUCUAAACCUAAGAAAUUGCCAUAUAACGCCGCACCAUAUACACGCGGUCUCGCAGCUGCCUCAUUUACGUCCACUGCAAUGACGCCUGUUACCGUAAAUGAAAAUGCGCUUAUUGACGAAGAUGAAUUUAUGUUCAAGGAAAUUAAAGCCAAGGGUUAUGCCCGUAUAACGACUAAUCUCGGUAAUUUGAACGUAGAACUUUUCUGCGAUAAGAUACAAGGUGGAGAUCCUACUGGUACUGGCAAAGGAGGAGAGUCAUAUUGGAAAAAAGAUUUUGUGGACGAAUUUAAAAGCAAUUUGUCACAUAAUGAACGAGGUCUUUUAAGUAUGGCAAAUAGAGGAAAAAAUACUAAUUCAUCUCAGUUUUUCUUUACUUUUCGACCCUGCAUACAUUUGGACAACAAACAUACAAUUUUUGGGAAAAUAGUUGGAGGAAAAGACGUUUUAGAUAAAAUGGAAUCUGUACCUACAGAUGAUUCUGAUCGUCCGUUAAAUGAAAUUAAGAUUUCUAAUGUAACUGUAUUUGUGGAUCCAUACGAAGAAUACAAAAAAAAUCUUGAAAAAAAGCAGAGUCGACAAUCAACAGAAAAACAAGAUAAAAAACCGCAGAAAAAUGAAAAGGAUUCAACAACCAACUGGUUCGGUAAUAAAUUAUCAUCAUCUAGUAUAAACAAAGAAGAUAAUGGUGUCAUUGGAAAAUAUUUAAAGUCUGCUACAUCAAAAAAACGAGAACUUGAGAACGAAGAUGAUUCGAUUGAGGAGCAAUUUUUAGAUGCAGUUCCAAAAAAACCAAAACCCACUGGUUAUAACUUUGAUUUUAGUAAAUGCAAACGAUUUUGUUCCUUAUAUGAAACUUUGAGAGAUAUGUUCGUCAACCAAAAUCAAACCCAAAUUAAAAAGAAAUUGAUCCAGCCACGUAAAUUGGCUGUUCUUCGAGGCCAACGUGACGAAAAUGUCGCUGCACCUAAACAACUUGCUGUACGUGAAGUGGCACCAACUACUUCCAAUACUCGACUUCCAAAAAGGACGACCAGUUUUGUUCGUAAAAGAGCUGCGUUAGACGAUGUUAGCAAUAUAAGUAAUAUCCCUGUUGGGGCUUUAAAACAUGCACAAGCCAAUGAUUUGGACGCUGUUUCUUUAAAAAAAGCACCUCUCAAGGAAUCUAUUGCCAGCAAUGUGAAUGUACAACCACUAAGACAAACUACUAGCGUAGUCAUUAAGCCCCAAAUAAAA